ACAUUUGUUUACAGAAAUCAUUUUCAAAGGAACGGUGAUGUCCAUUCCUAAUUGUUUUUGAUUUGACUUGGAUUUCAGUAAUAUAAAUUUUGUAAGCCAUGGAUUCGUCUGAAAGCCAGUCGCAAACUUCGGCGGAGGGCUCAGCUCAAGAUGUUCGGAUCUUGUGUUUGCAAAACCUGAUUGAGAAGAACAUUGAGAUAGAACAACAGAUUGAAAGCAAGACAUUUGACCAAUCCAUCGCGGCAAUCGAAGAAAUCAUUCGAACAGCGAACGAUAUAAACAAGGGUCAUGAAGACCGCCGUACAAACUCCACGGAACUUGUUCUGGACACUGAAUUAUUAAGACGCAAUCAUGAAGUUGUGGGCAAAGCUAUACAGUACAACACUAACUUUACGGACAGGAUGGUGAUCACAGCGAUCAAUGAAUUGGUUUUCAAAGAACAAGAAGAGGAUUGGGACGCUGUCUGCGCACUGGCUGUUCAAUUUGGGAGACCGCUCUUCUCGAAUGACAGUAUGCUUCCCUUCAUAGAUGUUGCUCCAAAGGAGGUCAUUCCCAAACAGCGGGCUCAACGCAAACAGAAAUCUCAAGUGGAGGAAAAGCGUCCAACGAAAAGUGAUAAAUUGGAUCGGAAGGACGAAGGAGCAGCCUCCGUUACCCACAUGUUAAAACAAAUCAGGCAAAUAUAUAGAGAGGGAGGUCAUCAGCCGAUACCGUAUUUCAAAUUAAUUUGUAAUCCGAAUAACUUUAUGGACACGGUUCAGAAUGCCUUGCAACUUUCGUUUCUUGUCAAAGAGAACAUCAUUUCCAUUGAAAACGGUGACGAUGGUUUGCCUUUGGUUCGCGUUGUGAAUUCAAAAAAUGCAGACGGAAAUGAGUCUGCUCAGGCUAUUUGCUCUAUCGAUGUGUCUUUUUGUGAGAAAAUGGCAAAGCACUACAAUCUACGUGAGCCAAUGUUGAAAAGACUUCCAGUUAACGAAAGUUAGAUUUAUCACUCUAUUUCUAUUAUUAGUUUUUAAUGUUACAAAUAAAAGCAAGAGACAAAUCGUUGAAA